UUCCGGUGGUACCGAAGCUGAGUUUCCGCGGGAUCGGGCAGGCUGGAUGGAACAGAAGUGGGACUUGCAAAAUGUUGCCCUGUAAGAAGAGAAGAACUACAUUGACAGAGUCCCCACAGCAUCAGGGCAACCAGGAGGAAGAUGACUUAGACCUAGAGUCAGCUGUUAAACCAGAAUCUGACCAAGUUAAAGACCUGGGGUCAGUGUCAGUGUCCUGGGGUCCAAGCUAUGGCAGAGCAGCUGGCCGUGAAGUGCAGUCUGUGCAGGAUGCAGGAAAUCAGCUUGGUAUGGAGGACCCAUCUUUGAGCUCUGGGAUGCUCACCCAAGACACAAAUUUACCAGUUGUAGAAGCUGUCGAUGUGGCCAUCUCUCAGGGAAUUACCCUACCUUCCUUGGAGUCUUCCCAGCCCCUAAAUAUACACAUUGGUAAAGGAAAACUCCAGGCCACUAGUUCAAGGAGAGGGAAGAAAAUUACACUCAGGCCUGGGUCACUUGCUCAAGAAGACAGAGGUGAUCAUCUUAUUGCAAAGGAACCUUUUUCAGGAGAUCCUAGUGAAGAAUUCAAGGAAGAAGGAGGAAAAUCUCAAAUGCAUUCUGGAGGGGAGAUGCCUUCAUUACCAUCAGACAGUCACUCUGCAAAACCAGCAGCCCAGCCUAGGAAAUCAUCUCAGCCAGAUGUCUGUGCCUCUCCUCAAGAAAAGCCACUCAGGACUCUAGCUCACCAAGCUGAGGAGGAGAUAGAGGAUGGUGGACUCUUUAUUCCAAUGGAAGAGCAAGACAGUGAAGAAAACGAGAAAAGGCGAAAAAAGAAAAAGGGUACCAAGAGGAAAAGAGAUGGAAAGGGUCAAGAAGAAGGGACUUUGGCUUGUGACCUGAAGCUGGAUGACAUGCUUGACCGCACCUUAGAGGACGGCGCCAAGCAGCACAACCUGACAGCAGUCAACGUGCGAAACAUCCUUCAUGAAGUAAUCACAAAUGAACAUGUAGUUGCUAUGAUGAAAGCAGCCAUCAGUGAGACGGAAGAUAUGCCAAUGUUUGAGCCCAAAAUGACACGCUCUAAACUGAAGGAAGUGGUGGAAAAAGGAGUGGUAAUUCCAACAUGGAAUAUUUCACCAAUUAAGAAGGCCAAUGAAAUUAAGCCUCCUCAGUUUGUGGAUAUACACCUUGAAGACGAUGAUUCCUCAGAUGAAGAGUACCAGCCCGAUGAUGAAGAAGAAGAUGAGACUGCUGAAGAGAGUUUAUUGGAAAGUGAUGUUGAAAGCACUGCUUCAUCUCCACGUGGGGCAAAGAAAUCCAGAUUGAGGCAGUCUUCUGAGAUGACUGAAACAGAUGAGGAGAGUGGCAUAUUAUCAGAGGCUGAGAAAGUCACCACACCUGCCAUUAGGCACAUCAGUGCUGAGGUAGUGCCCAUGGGGCCUCCGCCCCCACCAAAGCCCAAACAGACCAAGGAUAGUACUUUCAUGGAGAAGUUGCAUGCGGUAGAUGAGGAGCUGGCUUCCAGUCCAGUCUGCAUGGAUUCUUUCCAGCCCAUGGAUGACAGUCUCAUUGCAUUCCGAACUCGCUCUAAGAUGCCUCUGAAAGAUGUUCCCCUGGGGCAACUAGAGGCAGAGCUCCGAGCUCCAGACAUCACCCCAGACAUGUAUGAUCCCAAUACAGCAGAUGAUGAGGACUGGAAGAUGUGGCUGGGGGGACUUAUGAAUGAUGAUGUGGGGAAUGAAGAUGAGGCAGAUGAUGAUGACGAUCCAGAAUAUAAUUUCCUGGAAGACCUGGAUGAACCAGACACAGAGGAUUUCCGCACUGACCGGGCAGUAAGAAUCACCAAAAAGGAAGUGAAUGAACUGAUGGAAGAGCUGUUUGAAACUUUUCAAGAUGAGAUGGGAUUCUCCAACAUGGAAGAUGAUGGCCCAGAGGAGGAGGAAUGUGUGGCUGAGCCUCGGCCUAACUUUAACACCCCUCAAGCCCUACGGUUUGAGGAACCACUGGCCAACUUGCUAAAUGAGCAACAUCGCACAGUGAAGGAGCUACUUGAACAGCUGAAGAUGAGGAAAUCUUCAGCCAAACAGCAGCAGGAGGUAGAGAGGGUUAAGCCCCAGAGUGAGAAAGUUCAUCAGACUCUGAUUCUAGACCCAGCACAGAGGAGGAGACUCCAGCAGCAGAUGCAGCAGGACCACAGGAUCUUCACAUCAGUUAGGACCUUGAAAGGCCAUCGUGUUCGUGUCCUUAUGGCUCAGCAUGUGCAGCUCUUGACGCAAAUUCACCUUCUCGCCACCUCCAACCCCAGUCUCAGUUCAGAGGCCAGUACCACCAGGAUAUUUCUUAAAGAGCUGGGAACCUUUGCUCAAAGCUCCAUCGCCCUUCAUCAUCAGUUCAACCCCAAGUUUCAGACCUUGUUCCAACCCUGUAACCUGAUGGGAGCUGUGCAGCUCAUUGAAGACUUCAACACACAUGUCAGCGUUGACUGGAGUCCUCGUAAAACUGUCAAGAAGACUGCCUAUGAAUUUCCCUGUUUACCAAAGCAAGUGGCUUGGAUCCUAGCCACAAGCAAGGUUUUCAUGUAUCCAGAGCUACUUCCAGUGUGUUCUCUGAAGGCAAAGAAUCCCCAGGAUAAGAUUUUCUUCACCAAGGCAGAGGACAAUUUGUUAGCUUUAGGACUGAAGCACUUUGAAGGGACCGAGUUUCCUAAGCCUCUAAUCAGCAAGUACCUUCUCACUUGCAAGACUGCCCACCAGCUGACAGUGAGAAUCAAGAACCUCAACAUGAACAGAGCUCCUGACAACAUCAUUAAAUUUUAUAAGAAGACCAGACAGCUGCCCAUCUUAAUGAAGUGCUGUGAAGAGAUCCAGCCACAUCAGUGGAAGCCACCUGUAGAGAGGGAAGAACACCGGCUUCCAUUCUGGUUAAAGGCCAGUCUGCCGUCCAUCCAGGAGGAACUGCAGCGCAUAGCUGAUGAUGCCAGAGAGGUAGGAAAUGUGACCGGAACCACUGAGAUCAACUCAGACCCAGGCCUAGGAAAAGGCAGCUCGGAACUGGGGAGUGAAACUCGGUACCCGUUGCUACUGCCUAAGGGUGUAGUCCUGAAGCUGAAGCCAGUUGCCAACCGUUUUUCUAGGAAGGCCUGGAGACAGAAGCGGUCAUCAGUCCUGAAGCCCCUCCUCAUCAGACCCAGCCCCUCUCUCCAGCCUAGCUCCAGCUCUGGGAAAACACCAGCUAGGUCAACUCAGUCAGAAGCCCCUCCGAGCAAAAUGGUGGUCCGGAUUCCUCACGUGAUGCAGCCGACCACUGUCUUACAGACAGUGCCAGGUGGCCCUCCACUGGGGGUCCCGGGGGGUGAUAGUUUUGAGUCUCCAGCAGCGCUGCCUACUACGCCCCCUGAGGCCAGGACCAGCUUCCCUCAGCCUGAGCCCCAGACCCUGCUCUCCUCUGCCCCUGUGCCCAAGGUAAUGCUGCCCUCACUUGCUCCUUCUAAGUUUCGAAAGCCGUGUGUGAAACGGAGAGCCUCAAAGAGAAAGGGGGCCAAGGCCUCUCUCUGUUUGAAGCCUGCCCCCCUCAUCCACCCUGCGCCUGUUAUCUUCACUGUUCCUGCCACCACCGUGAAGGUUGUGAGCCUUGGCAGUGGCUGCAACAUGAUCCAGCCUGUCAGUGCAACUGUGGCGCAGAGUCCUCAGACCAUUCCCAUCACUACCCUCUUGGUUAACCCUACUUCCUUCCCCUGUCCGUUGAACCAGCCCCUUGUGGCCUCCUCCAUCCCACCCUUAAUUGUUUCUGGCAAUUCUGUGAAUCUUUCUGUACCAUCUACCCCUGAAGAUAAAGCCCAAGUGAGUGUGGACAUAGGUUGUCCUUUGGCUGAGGGGAAAAAUGCCUUUCAAGGCCUAGAACCCAAAUUAGAACCUCAGGAACUAUCUCCUCUCUGUGCUGCUGUCUUCCCCAAAGAGGAGCACAGCCCAGGGCCUCCACCAGCAGAUAGAGUGUGCCAGGAACAGUUGUCAGAGAGCAAUGCCUAUGGCUGGACUCUUGUGAAAACAGAGGAGGGGAGGCAGGCUGCAGAACCACUGCCUCAGGGCUUCCAAGAAUCUCUAAACACUUCCCCUGAGGAUUUAGAGGAAAUCAUUAAGAUGGAACCUAAAGACCCCGGGGAGGACAUCUCUGGUGGAUCCCCAGAGCAGGACAGCUGUGAUGAAAUCAAAGAAGAACACUCUGUGGAAUUGGAUGCUGGCUUCACAAGUGAGGAGUCAAGCGGGCCUAGAGAGGUGAAGAAACAGACGGUCCUACAACAGGAGGAGGAGAGGAGUCAACCAGCUAAAACCCCUUCAGCUUCUCAAGAGCCUGCUGAUGAAGGAAACUCAGGAGAUGUGAGCAAGGGGUCCCCAAGGAAUGCUUCAACCUCCACUGACCCUGAAAUGGUGCUUAGCAGCCCCUCAGGGAAGCCCGAAGACUUAUGCAGUGUUGAUGGUCAGUCAGUGGGGACCCCAGCUGGGCCAGAAACUGGAGGAGAGAAGGAUGGGCCAGAGGAAGAGGAAGAAGAGGACUUUGACGACCUUACCCAAGAUGAGGAAGAUGAGAUGUCAUCAGCUUCUGAGGAAUCUGUGCUCUCUGUCCCGGAACUCCAGGAAACAAUGGAGAAACUGACUUGGCUUGCAUCUGAAAGGCGCAUGAGUCAGGAGGGUGAGUCUGAGGAAGAGAACUCCCAGGAAGAGAACUCUGAACCUGAGGAAGAAGAGGAGGAAGAAGCAGAAGGAAUGGAAAGCUUGCAGAAAGAGGAUGAAAUGACAGACGAAGCCAUUGGAGACCCUGCUGAGAAGCCUCCUACCACCUUUGCCUCCCCCAAGACUGCUCCAGAAGUGGAGACCAGCAAGUCCCCACCAGGAGAGAACAUCAAAGCUGCUGGAAAGGGCCGGAGCAGUCAUCGAGUUCGCAACAAGCGGGGCAGUCGGGCCCGGGCCAGCAAGGACAUCUCCAAGCUGCUGUUGCUGUAUGAUGAGGACAUCCUCGAGCGAGACCCGCUCAGGGAGCAGAAGGAUCUGGCCUUUGCUCAGGCUUAUCUGACCAGGGUCCGAGAAGCCCUGCAGCAUAUCCCUGGCAAAUAUGAGGACUUCCUUCAGGUCAUCUAUGAAUUUGAAUCAAAUACUCAGAGGCAGACAGCUGUGGAUCUCUACAAGAGCCUGCAAAUCCUGCUCCAAGACUGGCCUCAGCUCUUGAAGGACUUUGCUGCUUUCCUAUUGCCUGAGCAAGCCCUGGCCUGUGGAUUAUUUGAAGAGCAGCAGGCUUUCGAGAAGAGUCGCAAGUUUCUUCGGCAGCUGGAAAUUUGCUUUGCAGAGAACCCCUCACACCACCAAAAGAUUAUCAAGGUCCUCCAGAGCUGUACAGACUGCUUGCCCCAGGAGAUCACUGAGCUCAAGACACAGAUGUGGCAGCUCCUCAAAGGCCAUGACCACCUACAGGAUGAGUUCUCCAUCUUCUUUGACCAUCUGCGCCCAGCAGCUAGCCGUAUGGGUGACUUUGAAGAGAUCAAUUGGACUGAGGAGAAAGAGUAUGAGUUUGAUGGCUUUGAAGAAGUGGUACUGCCUGAUGUGGAAGAGGAAGAGGAACCUCCCAAGAUACCCACAGCCUCAAAGAACAAAAGAAGAAAAGAGAUUGGGGUCCAAAAUCAUGAUAAGGAGGCUGAGUGGCCAGAUGGGGCCAAGGACUGUGCCUGCUCCUGCCAUGAGGGAGGUCCUGACUCCAAGAUGAAGAAGAGCAAGAGGAGAAGUUGUAGCCACUGCAGCAGCAAGGUCUGUGACAGCAAAUCCUACAAGAGCAAGGAGCCCCAUGAGUUGGUGGGCGGCAGUCCCCACGGAGAGGCCAGUCCUGUGCCUGGUGCUAAGGAAGCUGGGCAGGGCAAGUACGUGACGGAGGAGGAAGCCCCAGAGGAGCGAGAAAGCACUGAGGCAACCCAGAGCAGGACUGGCAGGAGUACCAGAAAGGGAGAGAUGCCUGUUCCAGGAUUGGCAGCAGGGAGCACUUUGCUGUCUCCUCAAGAAGUGACUUUUACAGACCAGCUCCUCCUCGAUGGCCCACCGCCCUGCUCACCAGAGACUCCUCAGCUUCCCUCCAAAACUGGAACUGUGCUGUGCGCUGUUAGGAGUAACCAGGCUGGGCCUGAGGUUCUCUCCUGCCCCAGGGCAUCCCCCAGACUUGAGGAUGAGGGCGAGGGCCAUAAGCCAGGGCGUGAGUCACAGGCUUCCAUGUUGGUCUGGAAUGCUUCAGAAACUGAGAAAUUGCCUGGAACCGUUGAACCCCCUGCUUCCUUCCCGAGUCCUGUUUCCUCAAGGACCGGAGACUUAGGGGGAAGACAGGUGUCUGGGAAACCAGAUACUGAGGAGAGCUGGCUGCCUUCCAGUAGAGCUGGGGUGACAGCAGACGGGGUGUCUCCUGUCCAUGAAUCUUCAUCAGGAACUGACACCUCAGAGACUUCUCCCAAAGCCCCUAGAGGAGGUUUGGCUAAAGACAGUGGAAUACAGGGCAAGGGUCCAGUGGGGGAGCCACAGACGAAGGCCACAGAAGCUACAGUGUGUGCCAACAACAGCAAGGUCAGCUCCACGGGGGAAAAGGUUGUCCUGUGGACAAGGGAAGCUGACCGCGUGAUUCUGACCAUGUGCCAGGAGCAAGGAGCACAGCCGCAGACUUUUAGCAUCAUCUCCCAGCAGCUGGGAAAUAAGACCCCUACUGAGGUUUCCCAUCGUUUUCGAGAACUCAUGCAGCUCUUCCACACAGCCUGCGAGGCCAGCUCCGAGGAUGAGGACGAUGCGACCAGUACCAGCAAUACAGACCAGCUAUCUGACCACGGGGACCUUCUGUCUGAGGAAGAGCUGGAUGAGUGAGACCCUGGGAGCGUGAGGGUGUCAUCUGCACAGGAUCGAAUCCAACAGGCACCCUGAUCGGGGGAAGGGUGGCUGUACUUCGCUUGUAAAACCCUUGAGCUCAGUAUGAGGAGCUGGAGGAGCAGGGGGCCAGGGACAAGGACAGUGGCAGGCUGGGGGUUGGAUGGCCCUGCCAUCCUGUGUGUCUUUAAUGAAGAGCUUAGAAAUCUAUGUUGUAAAGAACAUUGAGGGAGAGUGCAGCUCAGCUCCUUUUCUGUGUGUUUUUUUAUUUUCUUUUUUGUCUGGUGGUACAUAUUUAUUGUUGUGUGAUCUGAUCACAGUGUUUCUAAAUGUAAUAAAUGCGUAUGUUGGUGUAGCCAGUCCCAAGACACUGAGCUCCUGCAUCCAGCAGCUUUUAUUGUAAACUAGCUCUUUCCUUUUCUUGGAGCUUUAGUCCAUGAGGCUGUUGCCACUCUGGUAGCACUGAGCCAGGCUGCGUAGCUCCUGCAGCGUCUCCUCUAGGUCAUCCUGUUCCACUCCAGCGUCCAUGAAGCUGGCCCAGCGCCGCAGGUCGAGUUUGGCGAGAUCUUUGGCCAAAUCUCCCAGGGUCCGGUUCAAGGAUGAAGAGGAGCGGAGGGCCCCGAGCACGGGGAUGCUCUCCACCGCUGCGGAGGCAGAGAAACGGGAGCCCUGUGAAUGGACCACUGUUCUACCCUUGGGACUCCGUUGCACACACAGGGAAGUCUGGGCCUCUGGUAGACUUGAUUGUAUAGUAAACUCAAUAAAUUUUGUGUCCUCUCCCCUUUGUAUACUAGCAGUGCAGAGGAAGAACACUUCUCUCAGGAGCCAUAGAGUGAAUAAAGGAGUGUUAAA